UAUACUUUUCUCUUUUACUUCAAUCCCCUAACGAAUAAGGAGAAAAAUAAACCGAAAAGAAGAGGGAGGCAGUCUAAUUUUCUUUAUUCCUUUUAAUUAAUUUCUCAUCAAACUGAUAAAGCUGCGGCCAAGAAAUUCUUUUAUUAAUCAGCCAUAGUUUGGACUGCGUAUAGUUAGCAAGUCAGGAUUAAGGGAGAAACCGGCAACCUCUGUAGGGGUAUUUUCUGCCUCUGUGUUAUAGCGAGAACAGGUGUAAAAUUCGAGCAUUAUAAGCAUUCCGAGGCUAAGGUUAAGCUAUUUGUUUGAAUUAAGAAAAUGAAGAACAUCUUUUCACUAUUAGUAUUGUCAGUGUCCACACCAGUUUAAACGCACCUCUACUAAUUUUGCUUACGCUUAGAAUUAAAAUAAGAAGAACUCAACUAGGGUGAUGGCAGCUGCAAAGCUGCAUUUAUCUGUUCGUCCUAUUUGUCGUGCUUUUGCCUCUUCAGCAAGAAUGCUUGAAGAAACCAUUAAAGCAGUGGUGGAAGCAAAAAGAUAUGAACAGAUUCCUGAUAUUUUGAGCUCCCCUAAAGGGUCUAACCACAAUCCGAAUCCCUUUUCAUUUUUAUCCACCUUUCCUGAGAACACAAGAGUCCAAAUUGUUGACGAAAUUUUACAAUCUUUUAUUCCAGUCAGGCCUCGUUCUCGCCCUCGAAUUGCAUAUUCCUCUCUCCUUUCCUACACUCUCCAAAGCUCAAAUCCUCUCCCACUCGCUCUUGCCAUUCUCCAGCGUACCCUUCGCUCUGGCUGCCUUCCUGUACCUCAAACUCACCUCCUACUCUCCACUGCAUGGCUUGAACGUCGGGGAAAAUCUCAUUCUGUUUCAAGCAUAUUGUUGGAAAUGCAGGAUAUUGGAUAUAGCCCUGAUUGUGGCACAUGCAAUUACAUCAUUUUAUCACUUUGCAAGGUCGAUCAGAUAGAUGAAGCAGCUAAUGUAUUGAAGGGCAUGGCCCGGGCUGGUUGUAUCCCGGAUUUAGAUAGUUACGGUACUUUAAUUGACAACUUAUCCGAGCUAAGAAUGACGUCUGCUAUCAUAGAGAUGGUGAAUGAAAUGGUUGUGAGGUUUGGCCUGAGCCCGAGAAAAGACACUUUGGUGAAAGCAUUGGCAGCAAUACGAGCUAACAAAGAGAUAUGGAGAGCGAUUGAAGUAAUUGAGUUUUUACAAAAUGAGGGUGUCCAUGUUGGGUUCGAGUGCUACGAGGUAGUCCUUGAAUGGUGCUUAGAGAACUGCCAGUUUGUUUUGGCUGGAAAAUUUGUCACAGAAAUGACCAAGAGAGGGUUCAUACCGUACAUAAGGUCAAGGCAAAAGGUUGUUGAAGGCCUGGCAAAUAUUGGUGAAUGGGAACUUGCCAAUGCUCUGAGGCAGAGAUUUGCACAACUAAGGUCAUAGUUUUGUGCAACAAAAACAACGACCCAGUGAAAUUGUACUAGUGGGGUCUGGGGAGGGUAGUGUGUACGCAGACCUUACCCCUGCCCCGAGGGGGUAGAGAGGCUGCUUCCGGACACCACCAUUAUAUGUAAUAAAAGAAAUGGUUCUUGAUCAUUUUCCAGAUUGAAGGAGCAUGUGGUUAUACUCUUUGUUGUUCGGACUCUCCGAAAUGUCAUUGGGUGCGUGUUGGAUCUUCCAAAAGUAGAUAUUUUUGGAGGAUCCGACACGAGUGCGGCAACAUUUUGGAGUCCGCGCAACAUAGGUUAUACUAUUACGACUGCGGUUUCAGAACUCCAUUGGGAGUCUUCUCACAACCCAUGUACUGUAUAUCACUUUUUUGUUUAUUGAUUAGUUUAUGAAACUCAGAGAUUUUUAUGUAUUUUCAUAUUCUUUAGACGGGAAAACCCUUUCUGCCUCUGUGGGAGUUUCAUUCAUUGGCAUUUCCUAUUAUAGCUUAUACAAGUAAACUUGGUUCAAUUGUUAAUGAAAAACACAAAAUUUUGUUGAAUUCUGUUACAAACACCUAAUAUCCAGUUUGUAGUUUUG